AUGGUGUUGAAGAAGUCGCCCUCGUUGGCGAGCCUGUUCGGUAAGAGCGACCGCAAUCAUUCACUCUUACUACCAUAUGCUAACACGUGACAGCCCGAUCGCCCGCGCCGCCGCCGCCGCCGCCGGACACUCCGGCCAGCUUCAUGGAGCUGGACGACGAGCCUAAGGGCUUGAAGGUAAGACCUGUUUUUCUUUUACUUAGGUAGCGCAGCGGGCAGUAGCGAGCAGCAAGCAGCAGCAGGAGGAAAGGGCAGUGGAAGUGAACGAGUCGCGCACGAGCGCACGAAUCCGAUUCGAACGGCAAUUUCGACCGACCAAAGGCAAGUACACCCUCCUUCACUUCAUUCACUUCCUCUGCUGACAUCUCGAGAGGUCCAGCCUUUUACCUGCCAUCGAGAGGUCUGUCAGACACUCGAGACAGCCUUGUGCCGGUGGGAAGCCGAUCUGCACGAUCCGCACGCCGACUCGAGCUGCGAGCUUCGAGCGACAAACGACGAGCGCCGGACGACGCGAUUGAAAUCGCACUAGCAUUCAACAUUGGCUUGCCAACUACAUCCACGAAACCUCCCUUCAACGCCGCGAGACCAAGCGACCUUCUCCCGCCAAGGCGCACACAUCUGGCGAAGCUCGAGUCACAAACGGUAAACUUUAUUUCCGCCCCGUUUGCGUUCUAUUUUCCCUUUACUAACAUCUCUGCAGGCACCACAGUUCUCUUCGACAUCCAACGGCUUCAUUCAACGGCUUCACACAAUCAACCGACUGCCUUUAUAACGGCGAGGGCAGCAUCGCGCACUUUUCCAGCUCUUACACACCACCCUUUUGCUCGCUCGCAAGGAGCUCGCUGUUUCCAACCGCUAAUAUUGGUUUGUUCAGAAGCUGCACAAAGAUACUGACAUCGUAUUACAGAAGAGUCGCUCGCUACAAAAUAUUAAACAAGUUUUCCGUCGUUCCCCGUCCAGCAAGAAUCUCAAGGAGCUGCCUGCCCAGAUCAAGAACGGCUACGACCUUGUGCCGGAAGACGCGCCCCCCAUGCCUUCAAUCCCGGAUGCCGUGAAAAUGGACAGAUUCGGAUUGAUGAGCCCAUCGAACUCCGACCUGCGCGGCAACAGACGCGCCGUUACAUCACCAGCGCACGUAGGCCAACCUCCCGCCUCAGCGCCUCUGCCAUACGCGAGCACCUUUGACAGCAUGGCGAGCCCGAGUACGCGCGCGAUCAAGCCACCGAGAACCCAAGAGCCGCUCAAACCGCGCAGCGAAAUGACUGGAAACGGUUAUGGCAAGGAUGGACGGUUUACACCCCGCCAAUUCUCGGCCCCGGUUGAAGUGCGCAAGGCACCAAUGCCACACCAGCAUCGCACCGCCACCUGGAGCAAUGAAAAGGGUGCGUACGACUACACGGUGUCUGCGCAUGGCCCCUCGCAGCAUGGUCUUGGCAUCACCCAUAAGGGCAAAGCCCUCCGCAUGUCCCCGCAACCCAGCAUCAAGUGGUCUUCCGGCUCAGCAGUGGGAUGGGGCGAGCCGGGCGAGCUCCUGGACGUCCAAGAGUUCCUCGGAGAGUACCCGACCAUUGACUCACCGAAGACAGCCGCCGACACCUAUCUGACUGCAUCGGAAAAGAAGAAGACCCCUUUCCUAUGGAACGAAAACCUCAAACACCAUGCCACCGAGCGUGAUCAGCAGCGUGAAGAGUUGUAUGUUCCUAAGCAGCGUGCAAACACUGACCAGCACCCAAUAUCCCGCCGUCAAGCCACUUUGCAGCACCCGGCCGGCAUCGACGGAGGCGUCACGAAGGCCAAAGGACAGGCUAGAGUUGUUGGUACGCCACGCAAGGACUCCUUCGAUCCAGUCGGCGGUGCGAACAGUCAGAAACUCUCGCUGUUCCCUAAAGUAGUAGGCAACGCAUCGCGUCAAGCGCCAAACGUCGGGCCGAGCGUCGAGACAUUUGUCGCACCACUGCAGCUCAACUCGAACGGCGGAGCUUACAUUACCCAAGACUAUGUCAAGCACUUCGACAAGGACAAGCACGCUCGACGCAACUCGGCCCAGACCACCUUGACCAAUCUUUUCGACAGAACUGAGAGUGCGUGGACCAUGGCAACGCAGAACACCAGCGAGGAGGCGCAGGCUCCGCUUCUCGGUAGCGCCGGCAACAAGGCUCAUGAAUAUGGUCAUGGCGAUUCUCGCGCAGAGGGCAAUCGGUCCACUACGAGAGACACCUUCUCGAUGAUGGAUUCGUCGCCCUCGAAGACUGUUAUCGAUGAGCAGGAACUCGGUCGGUACCAACACCUCCGCGAGAAGAACGGCCUUCCGCGUGCGGUACUCGGCGCUCCAGGACAUCCAAGACACGAGUUCGGCCCCGGCUUCCGCCUUCUCAUGUGCCAAGAGCACCUCACUACGAACACGGGCAUCCUCGGCACCAUCUCCCACUGCAAGCAGUGCCGCGAAACCUGCUGCUUCUUUGCCGAGCAGUACGAGACUUCCGCUAUCCGCACCAAGAACCCCACCAUCGCCAACGAGAUCGCCAAGGCUAAAGCGGUCUGCAAGGAGCUGCUCGAGGAGUACCCCAUCGGCAACGAGUCCAUCGCGACCUUGCAGCAUUGCGCCGAUUGUGAGGGCCUCUUCUGCGACAAGCACAGCUGCAACAUUGAUGGAGAGAUUGUGUGCGUCAAUUGCUACAAGCGCGAGAAGAUGGCACGGAAAUAA